AUGCGUUUUUUUUUCUUCUGUUCUUUUCCAGUAUUCCAAGAUGUGCAUGUUAUGAUAUUUGUUGGGUUUGGCUUCCUGAUGACCUUUCUGAAGAAGUAUGGCUUCAGCGGUGUGGGUUUCAAUUUCUUCAUUGCUGCUCUAGGCCUCCAAUGGGGCGCUAUUGCACAGGGGAUCCUGCACAGCCAUGGACAGAAACUCUCCUCAUUUAUUUUCCUGCCCUCCAUGCAGGUUCACAUUCAGAAUGCAACCCUUGCUGGAGGAGUUGCUGUGGGCACUUGUGCAGACAUGGCGAUUCACCCAUUUGGUUCUAUGAUCAUUGGGGGCCUUGCAGGAGUUGUCUCCGUGCUUGGGUACAAGUUCCUGACUCCACUUUUUGCUACUAAACUGAGGAUCCAAGAUACAUGUGGGGUCCAUAACCUGCAUGGUUUACCUGGUGUGUUGGGAGGCCUUGCGAGCAUCGUGGCAAUAGCUAUGGGAGUAUCUGACAC